AUGACUGUGUCAAUGAAGCCUUCAACCUCUACCACCUUGAAUGAUGGUGCAAGACAUCAUCAUCAUACCCUCUCUACCUUGGAUUUUCAGGGUGCAAGCUCUGCCGCUGCUGCCAAAACCAUGAAGGUAGAUCUUGCCAAUCUAGCAAGUUUGAUCAAGGACGAAGAGGAACGCAAGACAUUUAAUCAAGAAAUGGACGGGUUUUACAUGCUCUUUACUCGCUACUUGAAUGAGAAAUCCAAAGGCACCAAAAUUGAUUGGGAAAAAAUUCAAUCGCCAUCUGCAGAGCAAAUCGUGCCUUACGCUGAUUUACCUGUGGAAUCAUCCGCCUCAGAUCUUACUAAACUGGCUGUUCUUAAAUUGAAUGGUGGUCUAGGAACCACAAUGGGCUGUGUUGGCCCGAAAUCUGCCAUUGAAGUGCGUGACAAUAUGACAUUUUUGGAUCUUAGCGUUCGUCAAAUUGAGUAUUUGAACAAAAAGCACGAUGUGAGCGUUCCAUUUAUCUUGAUGAACUCUUUCAAUACCGAUGAUGAUACCAAAAGAAUUGUCCAAAAAUAUGCCUCGCACAAUGUGGAUAUCAUAACUUUCAAUCAAAGCCGCCAUCCUCGAAUCAAAAAGGAAUCUCUUUUGCCCGUUCCCAGAACGCCUAAUUCUCCUAUCGAGCAGUGGUAUCCUCCUGGACAUGGUGAUAUCUACGAAUCACUGUAUAACUCUGGGUUGCUGGAUCAGUUAUUGGAGCAGGGUAAAGAGUACCUCUUUGUGUCUAAUGUGGAUAAUUUGGGGGCUACUGUCGAUAUCAACAUUCUUCAUCACAUGGUGGAGACUGAUGCUGAAUUCAUAAUGGAAGUAACCGACAAAACCAAGGCUGACAUCAAAGGCGGUACUCUGAUUGAUUACGAUGGUCAGAUCCGUCUUUUGGAGAUUGCUCAGGUGCCUGACGAGCAUUUGGAAGACUUUAAAUCCAUCAAGAAAUUCAAGAUUUUCAACACCAACAACUUGUGGAUCAACUUACGGGCAGUCAAGCGUGUCAUGGAUGAGGCUGCCAUGGACUUGGAGAUUAUUGUCAACAACAAGACAACUGACAGCGGCGAGAAGGUGAUUCAGUUGGAAACUGCUGUUGGCGCUGCUAUCAAGCAUUUUAAAAAUGCGCAUGGCAUCAACGUUCCUAGAACUCGCUUCCUGCCUGUCAAAUCGACCUCUGAUUUAUUCUUAGUCACGUCCAAUUUAUAUUCCCUUGUGCAUGGUGAACUGGUUGUCAAUCCUCAACGUAUGUUCAACAAUGUCCCACUUAUCAAAUUGGGCGAGGACUUCAAGAAGGUUCAAAACUUCCUCACAAGAUUCAAAUCCAUUCCUCAUAUCUUGGAAUUGGAUCAUCUGACGGUUACUGGAGAUGUCACAUUUGGAAGCAAUGUAGAGCUGCGCGGUACCGUUAUCAUUGUUGCCAAUCAUGGUGAACGCAUUGAUAUCCCAUCAGGUUCAAUCUUGGAGAACAAGGUUGUUUCUGGCAAUUUGCGUAUUCUUGAUCAUUAA